UCUGGAAACAGUCCGGAGCACAAAAAUGAGAAGGUACAAGUCAGAAGAUCACAGAUCACACACUGAACCUGUAGGAUGGCUCCCGCGGUUUUACUCAUCGGCUGUUUGCUCGCCACAAUCGGCUGCUUGACCACAGCUCAAACUACCACAUCAAUUAAUGCUGUUACUGCAUCACCUAAUGCAACUAACAUGUCGGGCAACGCAACUAAUGUAUUGCCCAACAUAACUAGUGCAACUACCAUUUUGCCCAACGGGGCUAACACAUCACCUAGCACCACCAUGUUGCCCAGCACACCCAACACGGCGCCCAACGCAACCAACACGGUGCCCAACACAGCCACCACGGCGCCCAACGCAACCAACACGGCACCCAACACAGCCACCACAGCACCCAGCACAACCAACACGGCACCCAACACAGCCAACACGGCGCCCAGCGCAACCAACACGGCGCCCAACACAGCCAACACGGCGCACAGCGCAACCAACACGGCACCCAACACAGCCACCACAGCACCCAGCGCAACCAACACGGCACCCAACACAGCCAACACGGCGCCCAGCGCAACCAACACGGCGCCCAACACAGCCAACACGGCGCCCAGCGCAACCAACACGGCGCCCAACACAGCCAACACGGCGCCCAGCGCAACCAACACGGCGCCCAGCGCAACCAACACGGCGCCCAACACAGCCACCAUGUCAUCCACCACAACCAACACGGCGCCCAACACAGCCAACACGGCGCCCAGCGCAACCAACACGGCGCCCAACACAGCCACCAUGUCAUCCAACACAAACAACAUGUCACCCAACGCAACCACCAUGGCGCCCAACACAAACAACAUGUCACCCAACGCAACCACCAUGUCAUCCAACGCAACCAACAUGUCACCCAACGCAACCACCAUGGCGCCCAACACAACCAACAUGGCGCCCAACGCAACCAACAUGGCGCCUAAUGCAACUACCACAUCAGCUAAUGCGACUACAACGAAUGCAACAACUCCUCAUGCUCCAUUGUGGACGUGUUCACAUCCGACUCUGUGCUGCAAUGGCUUGAACUACAGCUGUUUCAGAGGCUGUUUUUGUGAUGAGGCCUGCAAACAGCUCAACGACUGCUGUCCCGACCUCAACAGCACCUGCAAUUUCACUACCCCAACUACAGCUCCACCCGUCAACUCCACUACAGCUCCACCCUUCAACUCCACUACAGCUCCACCCAAAGUAUCUGCCACUUCCUCCAUAGAUUUCACUACCCCAACUACAGCUCCACCCGUCAACUCCACUACAGCUCCACCCUUCAACUCCACUACAGCUCCACCCAAAGAUGUUCUGACGUUACUCACUAAUCUGGAGGUGGAGGUUUUGGCCGAAGAGUCGUCCACUGAAGAAGAGCGUCGGGCUGCACUGCUUCAGGUUGCCACUUUGGUGGAGAAUUACUUAAGAAGGUAUCAUAAUGACAUCAACUCUUUUGAGGUCACAAGAAUUGAGUCGGUAUCACCGUGUGAUUGAGACAGAAAUCAGCCAAGAGGA